GGCUUUAGGCGUCCUUGGCUUGAUGCUGAAAAAGAAAUUUUUUUAGAAAAGUAUCUCCAAUAUCCAAAGAAGUUUGAAAAAAUUUCUACUUUUCUUGUUAAUAAAAGUGUUUCAGAGUGCGUCGCUUAUUAUUACGCGAGCAAAAAAAAAAUAAAUUAUAAGCGUCUUGUUUUAGAAAUGACAAGGAAAAAAAAACGCUCUGAGAAGGCUAUUACUGAUGACGAGUUUUUGAAAGGUAAAAGCUUUCGGUUGGUAUAUAAACCUCAUAAGAACAUUAUAGAGAGCGAACAAACUCUUAAGUAUGAGUUGGCUAGCCUCACCCCCUCCCCCGCGCUUAUGAAAAGAAAAUAUAUAAAAGAAGACGUUACUAAUGAUAAAAACUUAAAAAAACUCUGCGUAGCCCUCACACCUCGAGAAACACAGUUUGCGUUAGCCACACGGUCACGCUCGGCCCGUUCUAACUUUUUUAGUGCUCGUAGCACUGGAGUUAUUAGUUUCUUGCGCGGCGUUUUUAGCCACGAAACCAUAGACCCUGCAAAAAUUUGCUCAUUUCAAAGAUUAUUUGUAGAAUGGUCAUUUUUCCCAGUUUAUGCGGAAAGAAAAUUUUUUUUAAAGACACUUUACUUACAUGCUGCUCAAGCACGUCUUUUUGAAGUCCUCAGGAAUAGGAAAAGGGUAGCUUGGAAGAAAAGAAAGCAGUUCAGAAGGGUUGUAAACGAGCGUAGCAGCGGCUUAUUUCCUGAAGUUACUUGUUCAGUUCGUCAACUUAUGUAUACUUGUGAGGCUAAGUCUGCUGAUGAAGCUCAGUUGUAUAUGGUUACUCAGCAAAUUUUGAAAGGCAAAUCGAAUUGUGAACUGGAAAAAGUUGAAAGUUCUAAAGUUUUACUACAAAUAGCUGAUCUUCAGUUUAACAGAGAUAGCAAGGAACUUGACUACAUUAAGAGUGACGAAGAACAUUUACAUUGUAAGAGUAUUGACUGUGAGGAGUUAAACAAAGACAAUUUAGCUUUAGUAGGUGGAGCUAGUAAUAGUAGUUUGUCUAUAACUGAAACUUAUUUGCCGUCGGAUGGCUUAAUUAAGAAUGCUGUACAAAUGUCUAAUAAUGAUAAUAGCGUUAGAAUUACCACUACAGUUGCUGAAAGUCAUUUUAUGGGAGGCCCUUUCGAUUGUCAUUGCCACUCAGUAAAUCAGUCUAGCAAGAAAAAGAAAAACUUACCAUCUAGUUCUGAUACUUCUUUUAGCGCUUUGAAAACUUUACCGAAACAGCCUAUUAUAGAAACGGUAGAAGAGGUUGUUCUUGAAUCUUCUUUUACUUGUCGGGUUCACCCCCAGUCUUGUAAGCGCCCUCUUCCUUCUAGAUGGCCCGUACAUGCGGUGUCAACUUCGGCGUCCCUUCAAAGACGAUCAUUGCCUCCGUUUCCGCCACCGCACAAUUUUGCUCGUCACCAUUGCGUAAAUCAGUAUCCACCUAAUUAUAUAACCGAAAAAACCCCUAAAAGGAGUAUUUCAGUAGAGCAGACUUGUUUUAGCCAGCUGCCGCUACAUUAUCAAACUGUACCCAUCCAGCACCACUUUACAGGAUAUUAUCCGCCAAGACCCUCAUACACUUUGACGUCGUCGUGUCAAACGGGGCGCCCUCGUCAUAUAUUGCAUCAUACUAAGAAAACACCUGAGCAAUCGGAAGCGCCAUAUCCUCUCCAGCCCUUCUUUCUUCCCUUCCGUCCUGGUCCCCCUUCAUCAUAUUUUCGUUCUUCUCACUCAGCUCCAUCUUCUGCAUCCCUCAACCAGUUUACAGGCCAACCAAGCCUUUCUAGGAGCUCAACAGUUUGGUGUUAUCCCACACCAAAUACAAAUGCACAUAUUCCUUCUGCUUACUGCCCCCCUUAUUAUCCAAAUUCUUACCUUCCAGCUUUAACGCCUUACCCGGAAAGCCGGAAUUCCGUUUUGCCUUUAUUGCCUGACCCUCGCUUUUUUCCGAGACCGCAUUACUUUUAUAAUUCACCAUACGUAUCCCCGUCGUUGGGCGCGAGCACGAGCCCAUAUUUUCGUCCCUCAAAUGAACGAAAGAGUCAAAUAAAGUAUGGGCAAAAAAUUCAUCAAGCUUAUAAAACUACUCCUCAAGAAGACCAACCGAAAGUUUUCCAAGUUAUAGAAGAAGAAAUAUAUUCAAGUCCUGCUUCUAAGUCUUAGCCAAUUUAUAUAUUUUGUUAACUAGGAUUUUCUCUAAAUUUGAUGCUUU